AUGGAGGAAGGCACUGCCAUCGAGACCAUCCCAGAUCUGAAAGACAUAGAGGUGAAAAUCGGACGGAAGACCCCCGAGGGUUUGCUCAGGUGGAUGCGGGAUGAGGCGUCCUCUCUCCGGGGAGACGCCAAGCUGACCACCGCGCACGACACCAGUAAAGAGACUGGAAAGAAGAGUUUGGAUGAAAAGAUCAGGAAAUUGAAGAUGGAGAUGCUUCACUUGCGCUCGGUGGACGUGAAGAUCUUGCAGCAGUUGCUGGCGGUCCAUGAAGGCAUCGAGGCGGUGAAAUGGCUGCUGGAGGAGCGCAGCACGCUGACAAGCCGCUGCAGCAGCCUAACCAGCAGCCAGUACAGCCUGGGCGAGGGCCCCGACACCUCCUGGAGAGGCUCCUGGAGCAGCCUGCAAGACCCCAACGAAAAGCUGGAUAACAUCUCCAUCGGCAGCUACCUGGACACCCUGGCGGAUGACAUGGAUGAGUACUGCCCCUCCAGCUCGGAGUCUGUCAUCUGCUCCACCAAGCCGCUGGGGAAGGGGGGGACUGGGGUUACUGCUGUUACAGGGGAUGCUGGGACAGGAACUGGGAAACCAGCUGUUCCUGUCAGCUCUCUCCAGGGAAAGUCUGAGGGCCCUGAGCAAGACUCUCCGAUCUGGACAAAGGCACAAGUUGUUAAGGCUAACGGUGUCCUGGAGAAACCGAUCACACAAACAGGCAGCCCAUCCCGCCUCAGCACUAACGAGAAAGUAGGAACCGGCCAGAGCCCAAAACUCAAACCUUACAAAAACGGAAGGAUUGACUUGGACACUUGCAAAAUGAACGGCAAAAUGCAUCUAGAGUACGACGCACACUGGCGGUGGGUGCAGUCGCAAGAAGAUGUGACGUUUUUGUAG